AUGCCUUACAUGUCGGCGGUUUCCCGGAGCUGAGCCAGCCCUAUAUGUAACGGCAACAACAGGCGAACGGGCAAACGACAGCUAUCUGCUUAUCACUGGACGUGCGGGAGGGGUGUGUUAUAUCUUGCUUUCGUGGAACUUGCUGUGACUCUGUCAAUUCUGUGUGCGCGCAUAUGCCACGGAAUGCGGCUCCGCACGCCUUUUAGCAGCGCAGUUGUUGUGUAAUAUGUAGACGCUCGUAGCAACAAGGCUAGCUCGUCGCUGUCAUAGAUUGGUCGCGAAUGUAAAGUUAAACGCAGCGCGAGCUGACGACGUUGAAUAUCCAAAAAGCCACAGCAUCGGUUGGUACACUGCCAGCCGUCAUGCCAAAAAAGUUUUGACGCCCAUGAGUUUUCUCGGCUGCGACAACAACAGCUUCGCUAUGAGGGGACUGCACCAGAUCCUGGUCGAAGUCAAACCUGAACUGAAACCGCUACCCGGCGUCGCUCUGCUGGCAAAGUCGCACGGCAUCAAAGUACCGCCGAAUGAUCGCUAUUCGUACGGGGUUGACUGCGAUGAGGUCUACCCGGGCAUAUUCGUCGGUGACGAGGGUGCCGCACGCAACAAGCAUUACCUGCGUGGCCUAGGAGUGACCCAUGUUCUCAACACAGCAGAGGGUUCCCAGUUUGGUCAGGUGGACACGAGCCAGGCAUUUUAUAAUAGCCAUGGCAUUUCUUACUUGGGCCUACGCCUUGUAGACAUACCACAGGAAGACAUCGCAGCACACUUUGACAAAUGUGCCAACUUUAUCGAUGACUGCCUUGAGCACAAUGGUAAAGUGCUGGUGAACUGCCGUAUGGGAAUGUCACGUUCUGCAACCAUAGCCAUUGCCUACUUGAUGAUCAAGAAAGGAAUGACUGUUGAUGAUGGCCUGCGCACCCUACGCAUGAACCGGGCAGUACGACCCAAUAAUGGCUUCCUUUUGCAACUUGUCCAGCUGGAUACAAAACUGCGCAGUUAAAGGCAGCUCUUCAAUCUUUUUGAGGGGUGCCUCUGUGUUUGAUUCUCAGCAGGGAAAUCACCCAUCCUCUGUUCUGGGAGGGAUGUCACACUGGUUUCUAUAUCACCCAGCCGUUGAACAUGUUUGAGUGACCCCUUUGGAUAACGGGUGAAAUCCUAGUUGCCCAUACUUAAUCGUGGCAGGUUCAGGGGCUAUCUCUUUCCUAAUAACCAGUGGUAUAGACACUAGAAAACUCACCUCGAGUCAUUACACCUGUGCAAAACCUUAUGUUGGAUGUUUGCUGUUUUCAUAUUGGCUUUUUGCAUUGAAAUUGCAUUUCUGUGGAGCAAUGAAAAGCAAGGCUUGCUGUUGCUGGCUUGGGCAAGAUUUAAAAAUGCUGAGUAUUGUUUUGGCAUAUCUGGUAGUUUGCUGGCUUGUUCCUUUUUCUGGCUGUUGCUGUGUCAGUUGUAGGCAGUUGUCACUAAAAAGUGAGCUUCUUUUUUUUUUUUUUAUAAUGUAGGCACUUCUAGCACUAUGUCACUGUGGUGAAGUAAAAUAAGCAGGGGGUGCUUUUGUAAUUACAGAGGUUGUUCCUGUGUUUGUGUUAACAUUAUCCUUAGUAUGCAAGUAAAAACUUUAUCAAAAGUUUAGCUGGCUUUAUGCACCAAGUGAUCAUUGCUUCACAGCCUUUUGAACAUGGUAAUAUAAUAUCCAACUAGCUUCUUCUCUUAAUCAGUAAUAUACAUCAGGGCCUUACUAGUAUGUAGCAGACUCACCGUGCAGACAAUCUAUUCUGGAAACAUGCUUGCUGUGAUACUGUGCAUGCAGGGCACAGUAUUUGCAUCUGCUUGCAGGGAAUUUGAAGCGAUUUAUGGCAAUAAUGGUAUGUCAUAAUAUCUGCCCUUCAAAUUUUCUUGUGCUUUCAUGUGUGGCUGAUCGUUGGGUCAUGUCAUUUACUGAUUGGGAAUGGAGUUGUGACAAGACCUAAAUUGGCUGUUUGCAGUUUCAUAUGUUUCGUUGUGAAAUUCCUGUAAAACUUUCAACUUUUUGAAAAUUUCAAAUUGAAAUUAUAUGCAGCUGAACAAGUUUUCUUGGCAGUUAGAACUUCCUGACAGGAGUAAGCCUUUUAUAGACAGAUAUGAUAGCAGUUGGCUUUGUAUAUUCAAAUAUUCUAAAUCUGUACACUGGUUGCAAGCCAGGUCCUCACUUGUGGAGUGCUGUAUCUUUAUUCCAUUCUCCUUCAUUCUAGUUGCAGCUUAAAAACAACAUAAAAGAACGAUAAAAAUGCCCCCUUCACCACAAGACUUCCACCAUGCUUUCCCUGAUUUCAUUGACCAUCUUGGCUCAAUUGUCUAAGAACUUCUGGCCUAUGUUUGGUUCCAUAUGUUUAGAAAUGUUUGCAUUAGUUAAGCAACUUUAGGACUUUAGAGGCUUGCAACUUUUUUUGUGUGUGUGUUCUAGCAGAUCAGAAUUGAUCUAUUGACAAAUUACCAUAAGCUUACUGUACAUGCAUACAAAUAUGUCAUGGAUAUCUUCAGAACAGUUGUUUCAAGCUUUUUCUUCACAAAUUUUGUGGCACAAAUCUUUCUUUCAGGUGUUCAGCACCUGCAGGAGUGUCUGCAUGAUGUGCUGCAAUAUAAUGUGUGUGUCAUGCAUGAAAUUUUUUAUAAAAAUGCUGCACAUUUUAUAUUGACACUGAUUACAUAUAUUCUUGCUGCCUUUGGUGAAGUCUGGGUGUGCUUGGAAAACUUCUUGACCUGUAGGAUGGCAUUUACAGUUCAGAUAAAAUACAGGCGGUAAUAAUAAAAAAACUAUUUCAACUUGCUUUAUUCACAGACCAAUUUCUAUAUUUGGCAAGCUGCUUUGCCCUGAGUGAUUUGCUAGCAUGCCCGAGUAAACGUGUUGAAGUGCAGUGGUGAACUGCAAACUGUUCGACACUGGUUGGCUAUCUGUCUUCAGGGUCAAUUUCUGUGGUUGGCCCAUUCUGUGGCACAGAUAUUGCACCUUUUGCAACUUGCCUGUUUAAAGGUUUUGAUCCUGUGGUUUCAGAUGUGAAUGCUCACUUUCAAUGGUUUGUACAAGCAGGGGUAGUGUGUACUGUUUUGAUGCACAGUUAUUUGCACUAAACCUAACAUUCUGCCUUCUUGAUGCUGUAGUUCAACACAGUGCUCCAUAUUCUGAUAUAUUACUUAAGGCGACUUGACGAGGACACCAAGGUAGAGUGAAAGUAGACAAAGUGGAUAUUAUUGGUAAAUGUGACAGAAGCAUUGGUGUGCAUGUGUCCCCGUGGAUUUUUCAGUAGACAUGAACACACUUUCAUCUGUCCUUUACAUAGUUGGCAAUGCUUUAUGGCUGUGCACUCGUGAAAAUAUUCUUGCUAUUGUAGUCAAGUUGUGCCACUUCUAUUGGUACUGCUGUCAUCUUUAUGCAAUACACAACUUUGGGGAAUUCCAUGUAUAGUUAGCCUGUCAUUUAGCACAUUGAGAGCAAGGAAAGCUGUUUCUUUUUUCAAGGAUUGUUGUGGAUUGAUUCACUGUGAUUCUUCUAGCUUCAGUACAGAGUGCUGUGUUUCUGGUAAGUUGUGUGCACAUAUAUCUGUGGCAUGCAAAUUACAAAAAGGAAAAGGAACUUCUGCAUCCCUAACACAGUUGCUCUUGCUUUUCUUGACAACCCAUUUAUUGGAUCUAAAUCUGCUUAUUGAAGUGUUUCAUAUUUUGUUGGGAAUGUUUAAUAUUUUUAGAGACUAUAACAGCCAAGUAUGUCUAAUGGGUAUUUCUCAUGUUUGUUAUUCAUUAUGGUUGUUUGUUGUAUUGUACUUAUAUUUGCUUGGGCAUAAGCAGUAUAAAUUGUCUCUGAGCAAAGUGAUGAUUAUCCAAAGUGAGCAGUUGUUGGAAAGAUUGGCAGCCAGAAUGGAAACUAAUUAACUAUGGUUGCCGUGUGGAUGUGAUCUCUGGCAUGUUUUGAAGUGUUUGCCUGCUGCUUUGUGUUUCUUAUACAACAAAAGAGAUCAAGACAGCAUUGUCAUGCAAGUCUAGUCUGUGUGCUGUUAGGCAUUUCUUUGUUUUGAUAUACUGUUCUGUACAAAAUAUUUGUAUAGGGUGUGAAGGAAGUUAUCAACAUGCAUGUCUAUGGCAUGUGUUGCAUGUUGCAUACUUAGAAGAAAAUUGCUGCCUAGUUUUCAUUCAUCAAAGCUGUUUAUAUAUGCGACACUGCUUUGUGUUGGUUUAUAAAGUCAACAGUACUUUUAUCACAUUGUCACCUUCUCUAUUUGCCCCUUAUUUGUGCAUCCUAAUCAAACUGCUCUUUUACCUUCUGUUCAGAGCGCGAUAGGAUGGAUCAGAAAGAAUAUUUUGCUUUUACUAGGUACUGAAUCAUUUUAUCUUCAGUGUGUAUGUUACAAAUGUUGCUCCUUUAUGUAAGAUGAAGUGCACAUUGACAACAAGAGAUGGUCUUGCAAGCUCGGAAACAUUAUUACUACUUGCUCUUUUGCUGUUUUCUUAUGCUGAUGCCAGAACAUGUUAUCUUUGAUGUCAGUGCUUGAAUAAGGGUAUACUUCAUUUGCGUUUUUAGUGCACGCCUUGUUCCAUGACAUAUUCUGAAAGCGGGGCGAUGCAAGACAUUGAAUAAUUGCAAGUGAGUCGUAGCAUGCAUCAUCAUUUUGCUCCGUUAGCAUGUAAAAAGAUAAAGGAAAUAUUAAAUAAGAGUACCCAAAUAAUAAUAGAAAAAGAAACCUCCAGGAAAUGGGAGGGGGGGGGGGGCAGUUUUGCUGCAUACCUACAUGGAGUAUUGCAAGCAGGAUUUAAAUAGCUGUUUUUUUUUUUUUAGCUGCUUAUUUCGCAUACCCUGAGCAUGCAUAGUGCAGCAUGACUGUUAGAAAGCUUUCAUUAUCCAGCUCACAACAGCACUAGCUGAUUUUCAGUUUUUCAGUGUUAGAUUGGCUGCAUCUAUUAUGCUAGCUAGCUCUUGUUGAAGAGAGCAGGUGCAAGCUCUACAUUCUUGUUUGGUAUUUUUCCCAUUCCUGAAAGUGCAAAGGUUAUCUAGCGUGGGGCAGUUGGAAUAUUAGGUUGGAGAUGUGUCACUUUGCCAAGUUGACUGAGUGGGUGUUACGGGUAAGUGGUGACCACUGAACACACUGUCCUGUGUAAAUGGGCCUUCGUGGUGCAAGUUGUCAGAGCUGAGUGGAAAUGUGGCACCAGGAGCCAUGAAAUUUCACCCUGGAAUUCUUGAAGGUCAGGAUGUUUAACAGUAAUUUACGUAGUAUGUUUAGACUAAUGAACUUCAGCUUUUAUUCAUAAGUAUUGUUGCACAUGCUUUGCUUGACAAAUAAGACUAAAUUAGGCAGCUUUGCAAAGUUUUGCAGGAGUGCAUUUAUGCUUGUGGAGAAAUAUUGCUUAAAAUCUUGUGGUAAAACUGAGUGUACACACAUCAUUAAAAGAAAGAAAGUUGAAAGUUAUGGUAUCUUGCUUGACUUUUCAUAUAGCAAAUAUCACAGUUGAACAAUAUAUAUAUAUAUAUAUAUAUAUAUAUAUAUAUAUAUAUGGAUAUGGAUCAUGCCAAAUGGUGGCAAGUAUGAUAAUCUAAUUGAUGAUUUAUUGAAUUGUAUAUUGAAAGUGUGGUAACGAUUAACAAAUAUUUUAACAAGGGCAUGGAAAUACUUUUGUAACCUUUUCAGUUGAUGCUGUGAAUUGAUGUUAUUUGCAAUUCUUCCAGAAAAGUUCUUGUGCUGUGAUGUUUUGCGCUUUGAGCACUGUAGGCACCUUUGAGGUCCUUUUAUGUCACGUCUUUUCUAUAAUCCAUACUUCCAUGUGUUGCUGAUGUUGUACUAUUAUGUACUUAAUGAACACCCAAGAAAUUAGUCCAUAUUGUUUACUUGAAGAACUGAUUCAGGGAAAUGUUCUAAAAUGUUUCUUAGAUUUUCUACAUAUACACAAGUCCAAUUGGCUAGGGCCUGUUUCAUUUUGCAGCUAGAGGAAACUUCCGUACAAUUAGUGUAGAGUAAUUAAUGUCUAACGUGAUGCUAUUGACAUUUGCAGUUAAGCAACCACAAAAAAUACCAUGAUGUGGACUUUUUAGUGGUUGCAAGUAUGUUCAUAUUCUGUAGUUAUAUAUUUACUGUUGCCUUUGAACUCUUCUGGUGUAUCAUUCAAUUCCUAUACUGGGAAAAUAGUGGUUGUAGUAGUAGUAGUGGUUUAUUGAAGAAAAUGACGCUACUUGUGCCUGGCAGCUCCUACAGGUUAACAUAUGUAAUGGUGUGUGCACACUUGCGUGUUAGAAUUGUCCUUUGCAUUCAUUUCAAAUCAUUGCACAAGCCAUUGGUUAUGUAAAGUGUAUCUAGAGAGAGAGUUCAAUUUGAAAGUGUUGCCAUGUUGGCACAAUGGUAGGAAUUGCAGGCUUUCAAGCUAAUUUAUUGCUCGGCAGUGAGUCACAUGCACCAUCUAAGACAACUGGAUUACCUAGAUGCAACUUUUGUUGCAGUCCUUGUGCAACCCACUACUUGUUAAAAAAUCAAUUUGGGAUCUAUUCAUAUCUUGAAUGAAAAGAAGUGCGAUUUUACUGAAGACUAAUUGGGAAUUUGUGUAUUGCAAUAUGCUUUGAGUGUGCACUGGUAAGCAGGAGGACAUAAAAAGUUUUUUAGUCAAUUGGUCAGAUAUAUUUUUGGUUGAGUGGCAUGGUGCAUGUGGUCAGAGAAAAAGUUUGCAAGGACAGUCAGUUUAGAAUGAGAUCACUUUGCGUUUCUUCCCACAAAUAUUCAUUUAACUGUGUAUGUGAAGAUGUUUCGUGGUGUUAUGCAUUUCCCAGAAGACUGCGACAACAAAGACCCUGUUGCACCUGGCAUUCAUCACAGAUGGCAUCAUUUAGUGAAGUGGCAUUGCAGAAACACAAGCUUCAAUCUGACAGUUGUUUGGUAAAAUGGCAGACGUUAAAAGUAGAUCAGAAAUAUAACAUAUGGUAUACUCAUAUGGGAGUUACUAGUCAUUUGAAACCUACUUUCUGGAUAAACCUUUUAUGUUGUAUGCUGAACUGGUUCAAGUUAAACAUUUAGUACAUGAAGUAUAUUCAUUUAAAUCUAAAUUUACUACUUGAACUUUUGUUUAAACAAGGUGGUCUGCAUCAGUGCUGCUGAAGAUUAGGCACAUGUAAAGCUCCAGGUCUUGAUAAUCAAGACUCGUACUAGUGCAGAUACAUACUUGUGAAUCAGACGUACAAAUGUUAAGACAUUCAAAUGUGGACGGGCUAUAACCAUCCAGGAGUUCAUGCGUCACACGUACAAGUUGUUUCAAGUAGCCACCUCUAGUCUGUGUUACAUUUCUCUAGUCUGUGUUUAUUUUUGUCUGAAAGAAACCCUGGCACUGAGCACAGCUAUGUUGUGAGUGAGAAGACCACCCUUUAUGUCUUCUAACAGCUGCUGGCAUCGUGAUUCUGGUGUAUUCAUGCUCACUGGAAGUAGCGGUUUAUCCUUAGCAGCGACUGUUUUUACUGUGGCGUGAGACAUAUGGAUGGGAUGCAAACGCAUUGCACAGAGCUAGUCAUGUAGACAAAGCAUACUCUAGGUUUCGUACAAAAGCAAUUUUUUUCUACAACUUGUGCAAGGAUAGCUAUUGCAUAUUUUUGCCCAUUACUCUAAACAACGCUUGGAAAGCAAGUUAAGCAUUUCCAUUUUGCAAAGUACAAAUGCAUGCUUAUUUCAUAGUUUUGCAUCAAACAGAUGUAACAAAGUACAUGAAGGGCAUUUUUGCUGCUUUUAUUGCCAAUGUGCACCGCCAGUGCAUGACUGCUGCAGCUGUGCAAGUGAACCUCCCUUGCAACUGUGAUGUUGUGCACAUUGUAAAGUGUAUUGUGGUGUCUUGUUAAUUGUUGCCUGGUUUGUGUGCACAGAUGUGGUUAUAAUUGUACUUUACAGAUGCACUGUCAGUUGGUUGCCCCCAUGCUUAUGAAUAGUAUCACCUAUUCUGUGCUUGUUCAUUCUUGACAGCACAAUGACCCACUGUCUGCUAGUACAUAAUGUGGAGGUACAAAUACUUGUAUAUGUGCAUGCAGUAUGCACUGCCCAAAGGAAUGUUUGCAACAGUGUAUUUGAGUAGAAAUAAACUUGCUGCAACUGUUGA